AUGCUUUACGGAACAUACGCGGAUGAUCAGUCUGAGAUGCGCGAGGCGCCAUGCCCAGUCUGCCAGGGUACGGAGACGGUCUUCAAUAAUGCGGGUGGAGAUACGAUCUGCUCUACAUGUGGGAAUGUUUUGGAAGAGAACGCUAUGGUAAAUGAGCUCACGUUUGGCGAGACUAGCAGCGGUGCUGCUAUCGCUAAUGGGACUUUCGUCCCCCAAGGGUCAACUGGCGCCAAUACUAGAGGAAGAGGAGGAUCCGAAACUAAGGAUUUUGCCAUCCGAAACGGGAAGCGAGUCAUUCGUAACGUUGCCAAUGCGCUGAAUUUGGGUGACGCGGUGAUUAUACCCGCAGAGAAGUAUUACAAUUUGGCAGUACAGAGCAACUUCAUCAAGGGCCGACGGAGUACUCAUGUGGCUGCUGUAUGCCUGUAUUGUGCAUGUCGUAUAAAAAACAUGUCCAAGAUGCUGAUCGACUUCUCCGAUUCGCUCGGGGUGGACGUAUUCACGUUGGGAGCAACAUACACGCGCUUCGUUCGACAAUUUAUGGUUCGUCUGCCACCUAUAGACCCUGGGCAUUUUAUUAUCCGGUUUGCGCAAAUGCUCGCGUUUGGUGAUGAAACUCCGCAAGUCGCCAGAGAUGCGCUUCGCCUCGUGUCACGGUACAAUACCGAUUGGCUUCAGACAGGUCGCCGUCCGUCCGGGAUAUGUGGCGCGUGUCUAUUGCUGGCGGCCCGCAUGAAUAAUUUCCGACGUUCGGUCACCGAGGUGGUCCAGGUUGUCAAAAUCGCAGAGUGUACCCUCAACAAGCGCCUACAGGAGUUCAAGAGCACCCCUUCGGGCGAUCUGUCUGUGCAUGAUUUUAGGAAUAUGUGGCUGGAGCAGGAGAAUGAUCCUCCUGCGUUCACGCGCGGGAAGGAGAAGCGGUUGCACACCGAGAUCGAGGAUGGAUGUAAUGUGGAGUCGUCUCAGGGAAGCGCAGACUCUCGGAAUCGCAGUGACACACCAAUCAAUGUCUCCAACCCAAACGUACCUUUUGAGAAUGGCGUUGGCAUCUCACGGGAGGAAGGCGAAGCGCUCGCUGAUCAAGUCAUUGCUCAACUCGAAGUCGGCACGGCUUUUGCACGAGAGUUAGAGGAAUCUCGGAGAGCAGAGGGCUUGGAAUCUGAGCCAACAACUGAACCAACUGAAGCGGAUGGCGAAUGGAACGAUCCGGAAAUCGAUGAUGACGAGAUCGAGAUGUAUCUCGCAAGCCCCGAUGAUAUAGUUUGCAAGGAGAAAGUGUGGGUUGAGCGGAACUUUGACUGGAUGGAGGCGACCGCUGUGAUCGAAUCUCAGAGGUCUAAGCCUGCAAAACCCCGAGAUUCCAGCACACCGAUGGGGGAGAACGCUGCCCACUCCGCCAGGAAUAUGUUGAGCGCUCAAAAGAACAAAUUUUCCAAACGCAUCAACUACUCAAAUCUGGAUAACCUUCUCUGUGGCAAUUCCUACCUUCACGGAAAAGAGAACAAGUCCAGAUUUGGACAGCGGAACAAAUCUUCGUUGCUUGAUCCGCCUGCACCAAGUCAGGAUGAUGAGAAGGAAGAGGAUAAAGAAGAGGACGAGACAUUCGACCUCGACAAACUCCGCGCCUUUAGUCAUGACGACCCUUACGAUAUGGGUGACGAUUACUAUUACGAUGAUGGCGGCUUCCAGGAGGAAGUAUGA